AUGGCGAGAAAAACAUCUAAAGCAGCCAAGCGAGCCCAGAACAAAGCCAAACCCCGCACCAGAGCCAGGCCCAAGCCCAAGCCCAAAUCUACGACAAGCGCCUCCCCGUCAGAGCGCAUUGACACCGACGUUCUUCUUGCCAUCAAGCCUGAUCACUUGGCCAAUAUCAUCAGCCGAGAGAAGAACCACGAGUAUCGCAAGUAUCGGCUGAAGGAUGGUGUUGUUCGGCUGUGGCUUUAUGAAACAGCUGGGGGCGGAGGACGGGCAUCCAUCACUCAUAUCGCCAGAAUUCCCUCAUCUAUCCGCCAUGAGCCUGGCUCUGUCCCUACUGAACCACCGGGCAUCGGCAAUGCCGAGUUCAAUGCGGGCUUGAAGCAAUCCAAGUUCGGAUACCCUAUACUGGAGCUCUACGAGUUGGUCAACCCAGUCACCCUGAGCGAGAUGAAAACCCGCUGGGCUAUGGGUGGUGCGCCCAUGGGAUGGCGUUACCUUGAGGCGCCUUUGUGGAGAGAUAGAUGGGGAAAGGAUCAUACGAGAGAUGACAAAGUGAAGAAGGUGUUUUAA